GGCAAGCUUUCAAAGUAAUGUUUACCAACGACAUGCUCGUUGGGUGUAAACUUAUCGUUGACCAUAAACCACAUGAAGAAUAACUAUAUUGAUGCAAUCCACGCAGCAAGCAAAUAUAUCAACUAUUAAUGACAGAAAUUUUGUGAAGAGUAUUGAAAAGCAGAUAAUUCUGACGAUUCAUAAUCAUGAAAUCUGCUGCUGAUGGUGUUGUGUACCACAUUACCAUAACAACCGAGUGGGUACGGGUACGAAAGUUGGAGGUCGUCGAAACUUAUGUAUAAGCUUGAUUUGCCAAUAGAUACUAAAGAGGCUGCAGCGAUUGAACUAAGAAGAAGAAGGGAGAAAGAGCGUCAAGAACGUAUUUUCGACCCCCGUAUUCGCCAAAUUGGGAUUGAUGACGAAGCUCUUAAACAUCAGCUGGAGGAGAAGAAACUUCGAGAGCUGGUGGAGAAACAACGCGAUUUAGCAUAUGCUGCUGAUGCAGCGCGUAACGACCGAAUUGCGUGCUUACUUGAGAAACGACAACAUGACGAUGAGAGAGAACUCGCAAAGAAUCUUAAUAAAUUCAGAUCCAUUCAUCAACAGCCUGAAUCAAGAAGAGAAUUUGAUCUUUACGAUCCGAAUGCAUUGAAAUUAGACCGUCCUGCUCGUGUUUCUGAUGAUGACCCUCGAUGUGGUGUUGCCUCUCUUCAAAAGUUUGAUGGUGAAGACUUGAAUCUAAAGGCUAGAAUGAAGUAUCAACGAGAACAGCUACAAAACUGGUUUGACAGACAGAUAGAAGAAAGGAAUAGGGCUGAAAACGCUAAGAAAGAGGCAGACAGGUUGUAUGAUCUUAAAAGAAGAGAAUUAGAUCAACGUGCAUGUGAACUUCAAAAAGCUGAGGAAGAAUGUCGACGAGCAAUAAAUGUAGCCAUGCAGAGAUAUAACAAGUUAUUAAAAGAAGAAAGCGAUCAAAAAGCUCUUCUUAAAGCAAAACAAACAGAAGAUGACAAUAUGAUAGAGAUAUGCAAUGCAAUAUAUGGUGAUUUUCUGAGCGAGAAUCCUGCUCAAGCAAUAUCUGCCUUUGGAAUUAAUCGAAUAAUUCCUGACCGUUACAAAGGAAUGACUUUUGAACAGAUAAAAGAUAUUCGUAAAUAUCAAGAAGAACAAAUAAAAGAAAAACAGCGUCAGUUAGCAAGAGGAAAGCAAGGGGAUGAAGAAUGGGAUAAUCAACUAUUAAAAUCAGCUAGACUAGGCUUGUUGAUAGAAAGAGAAAUUGAACGCUCCACACGUGAAAUAAAUCGAAAAGUGGCUGAAAAAAAUCUUCAACUAGCUCACGAACAGAAAUCUUUUCAAGAUUACUUGAACAGAGAACUGUAUACUAACCAACCAACUGGCCAAUAUUUCACCCAAUUCAAUACUACAUCACGUUAAAAGAAAAUGAUAUACUACUAUUAUCAAUAAAUAUAUGUUAUAUUCCAUAUUGAUUAAAGAUUUAGAACAAAAUUUUCAAAAAAAAACACAAAAACUUAUCAACUUUCAAUUUCAUUUUUUUUUUAAAGUUCAAGAUAAGUCAACUUAUUUUACUCUUUACAAACAAACAACCAAACAAUAACACUAAUAGUAAUUAAUAAAACGUGUAAUACCUUGACAACAAUAUAUAUCAGUUAUACAAAAAGGUUUAGGUAUAAGUUACUAGGAGUUAUUAUUAUUAUUAUUAUUA